UCACGAGUUCGAGCGAAUGAUAUGGAUCACCAUGGGGGAGCCCUAGAAAUUGAAAAGAGUGACCUUUUUCCCUCCCAAAAAGCGCCAAAGGUGAGCCCUAGAAAUUGAACACGCGGAUUCUCGGGGACCAAAAUCACUGCAACAACCAUGUCCCAUGGUAAUCCUUCUCAGCUUCUCCCAUCAGAGCUAAUCGAUCGGUGCAUUGGAUCAAAGAUAUGGGUUAUAAUGAAAGGGGAUAAGGAGCUCGUUGGAACACUUAGGGGCUUUGAUGUCUAUGUCAAUAUGGUCCUGGAAGAUGUCACUGAAUAUGAAAUCACGGCUGAAGGGCGGAGAAUAACGAAACUUGAACAGAUUUUACUCAAUGGAAACAAUAUUGCCAUUCUGGUUCCUGGGGGUUCUCCUGAAUGACAUGCUCCCCCUAAAAUGCUGCCUCUUAAGCAGCAGAUAUGGCAAAUGGGAGACCCUAAUCCCUCCAUCAUUGAAACUAACAGUAUCAAAAGGGGUUAUUUGCUGGUGUUUUAUGGUCCGAUGACACGAGUGUAUGUUGUUUAGGGGGAGAUGAAUAGGUUUAUCAGAUCCAUUCUGUGGUUUAUUCACUCUUUUGGUAAUGAUUAUAUUGCUUGUCUUGAGGCUUGUAAUUUUAAUUUGCCUCUCUUUGAAUCUUGUGAGGGAAUCUAGAACCAGAAUGUAGCCUUGUAUUGAGAAAUCUGUCUCGUAAGAUAAAUCAACAACUCAUCUUAAUGUUCGAACUGUACCUUUCUUAGAAACAGUGAAGUAACAGAUUCAGCUUGGAAAAUUGAAGCGUU